AUGAUCGACAGCUUCGUUGGGAGCUUGCUGUCCGGUAAACUCUUUUCCGGUGUCGACAUAAAGAACAAGCUCGACCCCAUAGCGGUGAUCAAUGGCUGGAACAAAGUAUACGACGUGAGCCUUCCACAGAUCCGCCUGGCCGUCCGAGAUGCGGCCGACUACACCCCGCCGGUCACACCCAACGACCACAUCUUCGAGACCAUCGGGUCAUAUGCCUAUCGAGAGGGCUUGACUUACCUCCCCGGGCCGCAUCAACCUCCUCAAACGAACAUUGAUGAUGGGCAACUCCCCGCUCGGAACCGUCAUCAACUUCAGGACUCUGCUGGGUGA